AUGGAUGCGGCGCGCCGCGAUCGAGUGCGCCUAGCGCCGCCGGGCAGAUCGCAGCGCGGCGAAGGCGGCGGCGCGAAGCCAGGCCGCGAGAGCGCGCGCGAGCGGGAGGCGCGGCGGCAACAGCUGCAGCGGUCGCUGGACGAGGCGCAGAAGCCGCUUGCCGCCGCCCUCGCCGUCGCCUGGAAAGGUGCCGCUCCUCCCCGCUUCCUCUUCCCCUUCCACUUCACCCUCGCCUCGCAACGCCUCUCCCCGGCUGUAGCGAGUAGCGAGAGAGGCAAGGAUGGGGAAAGGGAGCUGGGCGGGGCGUGGGGAGCGGGAGACGUGUGGCAGUGGGCGUCGCAAGACCCUGCGCUGCACAAUCAGCUGCUACGUGGCGUGCAGCGAUUGCUCGACUUCGUGGCGGCCAAUGAGAUGCCUCUCUGGAGUGACGUGGCAUGCAGGCGAACAGUGAAGGUGAGGGGCGGCAGCGAGUGCAGGGGGCGAUGUGCAUGGCUUCUCUACGUGCACAUUUCAUUAUGCCUCACUGCCCCCUUCCAUACAUCUCCUCUCAUGCUCCUCUCUUCCCCCCGCUCUUCUCGUUCCCCGCUUCCUCCCCCUCCGCUCCCCCCCCUGCCCCCACAGGCGCUCUACGAGGCGUGCGGGGCAGCGCUGCUCCACCUGCUCGCAUUCCACGCCCCCCCAGCGCUGCAGUCGGUGCGGCAGGCAGCGGUGCGAGUGUGUGCGCGCAUGGCCACUGCAGGGGGGCGGUGGUGGCGGGAGAGUGUCACGGGCGCCAUGCUGCUCGCGCUCUCAGCAUAUGUUGAUGCGUCAGUGCGGGGGGGCUCUGGUGGCGGGAGAGUGUCACGGGCGCCAUGCUGCUCGCGCUCUCAGGCUACGAUGAUGCGCCAGGUUAGUGGGGUGGGACGGUUGGGGCGGGUGGGGCGGGCCCCUGGACCCCUCUCGCCGUGUUCCCAUCCCGAUUUCCCUGUUCCCUUACCCACCCCAUGUGUUGCCCGCCUUCCACGCCCUCUGCUCACCUUACUCAACUCAAUUCAGCAUGCCCUGCACCCAGACGACCACGUGGUGCUGGACGCAUGCACUGCCCUCACUGCCUCGCUCCUCGCCCUGCCUCCACAACCCCCCUCCCGCCCACUCCGCCACGCCCCCAUUCCCACCCUCCCGUCCUCCCUCCUCGCACCCCCCCCCACCAUGCUCCCCCCUUCCCCCCCGUCCUCCUCGCCCCUCGCCCUGCCGCUCGCCACCCUCACACCCCCCCUGCUCGCCUCACUGUGGCGCCUCCAUCUCUCGCCCUCCUCUGCUGCCCCGAGCACCAAUGGUGGGGAGGGUACGAAGGGCGGCAAGGCCAGGGGUGGUGGAGAGGGGAGGAGGGGAGGAGUGGUGGCGCGGGCAGCAGAGUGGCUGUGGGGGGCAGCAGGCACGGGGGAUGGGAGGGGCGUGGGAGGGGAAGCAGUGGUGGGGCCGGAGGGAAGGGAAGGGGGCAUGGGCGGGGCAGGGUUGCAUGCUCACACCGCCACUGCUUCAAGCGGUGGGGAUGCGUGUGGAGGAGUGGUAGGAACGGAUGGAGGUUCACAAGCGCAUAGCAGCACGUGCAGUAGUAGCACACCCACAGAUAGCAGCAGGCUGAGCGACAGCAGCAGCAGCGGGCGUGAGAAGAAGAAGAGCAGCGACGAUGAGCCCAUGGCUGCGUGGAAAAAGAGGCAGGCAGCAGCGGUGGCAGCGGUGCUGCACGUGCUGCUGCUGCUGCUGCAGCGCUGCCCGGCGGGUGGCCGGGAGGUGAAGAGGGAGGUGCUCCGCCUGCCCGCACACCUGUCAGGUGGCAGGGGGCGCAUGGCGCAGCUGGUGGGCAUGGCGCUGCCGCAUGGGGCGCACAUUGAUGGUUCUGCUGCUGCUGUUUCAGAAGCAGUGUUGAGCCUUCUCAGUGCCAUGGCCGCCCUCUCGCUUCUGCAAGCGCUCGCUAGCCGCCCAUCGUUCGCUGCUGCCACACGUUGCACUUCGCCCGCCACCACCACUGCAGCAUCGCCCCUCACCCCCCUCCUCACCUUCGCCCUGCAAGCAGCCCACACACCCCUCCCCCUGACCCGCUGCCACUGCCCCCACCCGCCCUCCCUCCGCCUCAUCUCAUCCUCCUCUUCGCCCGCCAGCUCAGCACGUGAUGACUCAGUAGCCAGCCACGUGGCAGCAUCUGCUUGGCAGACCGCAGCGAGCCUCCUGCGCUGGCCGGGUGGCCAUCAUGACCCGGCCGUGCUGUGGGCGGCAGGCUUGUAUGCAUCUGUGCUGACGCGUGCACUGCUGGGCGGCGGGUUGAAUGAACAUUCAGGACGUGCAGAGGGCAGCUGUGAAGAGCAGAUGGGUAUUCGGGGGGGUGACGGCAGGGCGGGUGGGGGGGAGGAGCAGGUGGGAGGGUCGCAGGUCGUCAUGGCAGCAGCGUGGGAGGCAGUGAGGUGGAUGGCAGCAUUCUGCCACGUGGCAGUGUGUGACUCAGAAGGGGGUGUGACUCUAGUGAGGGCGAAGGAGGCAGGAGGCAGGGCAUGUGGGAAGGCAGGCGAGAGCGGGGAGAGCAGGGGAGGGGUGGGUGGUGGGGGCGGAAAAGGGGAAGGAGGUGGAAGGAGCGGGGGGGAUGCGGAUGAACAUGCAGGCAUGAAGGCGGUAGCAGCAUUGGCAUGCUGUGGACUUUCCGUCACUUUGCAUAGCACUGUCGUGUCCAUCCCUCUCAUCCGUAUUCCCCACAGCGUGCUACUAGCCUUAAUUUUCAAUUACCCCUCUCUUCCCCUCCCCCCUACCCACCGUUUCUGCAGCGCUCACCUGGUCGCACUGCUUGCUCCCUCCUCUCACACCACACCUCGCCUCCUUGCUGUCCCCUCCGCACCCUCGCCUGCACCCACCACCCCUCUCCACCCGCCCACGGCCCACGCCCUGCUCACCGCGCUGCUCGCGCUGCUCUCCUCGCCCUGCCCCGCCCUUGCCUCUCUUUCCCGCGCCGCCCUCUCUCAAGCACUCACAGCCGCCUCGUGUGAGGCACGGCCCACGGGGGAGGGCGGGAGAGAGGGCGCAGCAGCGGUGCGCCAGGCUGCCCUCGCUUGCCGCCUCUGCUCGCGCCCGGCCCCUCUUCACUCCUCUGCACCGCUGCUCACCGCUGAAACGCCGCGCCAGGAGGUGGAAGCUUCCACGAAGCUGCUGGUGAUGGCAGCGCUGGCGUGUGAUGGGCGGGGUGGGGAGGCAGUGCUGGCGCAGGGGGGCGUGCGGGCCGUGGGACUGGUGGUGGCGGCCCGCGUGGCCCUGUGGACCAAGGGGGGCGCAGGGGAGGGGGAGGGGCAGGGGGAGGGGGACAGUGGGGAGGUGGGGGGGUUGGUUGAUGAUGGGAGGAAGGGCGAGGGCGGAAGGAGGUGGGGGGAAGGCGAGGGGUGGGCUGGUGGAGCCCGAGAGGAAGGUUAUGGGGAGGAUGAGUGGGGAUGGGAUGAGGGGAAUGAGGCGUGGUGGGGGGAUGGGGAGCUGGAGGGAGGGGAGGACGAGAUGGUGGGAGUAAUGGGGGGCGGGGGAGGCAGCGACGCCAAUGGGGAGAUGGGUGCUGACACCAUGCUGCUGGCUCAUGAGAGGCCGGACAUACCACAUGCGCCAUACAGUGCUGACGUCACAGCAUGGCAAGGUGCUGACGUCAUCCUGUUCUCUGGCCUCACAGCCCUACUCGCCCUCCUGCACCGCGCACAGCCGUUACCAUCGCACCCCACGGCAGUGCCAUUAGAGCCACUGGCACUCACCCCCCUCUGCGAGCUCCUCCCUGAGAACCUCGUCCCUGCCCUCACUCGUCUCCUCCAUCCCGCAUCGCCCGCUGGUCUGCGCUGCCUCGCUGCCCGAUGCCUCUCGCUCUGCCGCUCCCUGCCCCGCCUACCCCCACCCUCCGCUGCACUGCCUGCUGCUGCCAAACAACCCUCUGAGCAGCAGCCCUCUCAUCUCCCUCCGUCUCACCAUGCGCCCGCCACACACAGUGAGCCACCCCCCCUGGGAGUGUCCUCUGCUGUCGCCCGUGACAUCCGCUCUGCUCUCACCUGCCUCUCCCCUUCCUCCUCGUCCGCCUCCUCUCCCAUUCAUGCAUCACACAGUCACUUCACCCCGCUCUCGACCUCCCCUGCAAGCCCCAAGGCGCAAGUGGCGUUCGUCCUCACGCACCCCUCUGCACCCACCUCCACCGCUGCCGCCUCCCCACUGCGAGUGGCGGCACAUGCAGCAAUCAUCGCUGCCCGCUGCCCCGCCCUCCUCUCGCCCCUGACCGCGCCCUCUGCCCCUGCCCAAGCCUCCACCACUGGGCACCCUCAUAGCACCCCCUCUAUUCAAGGAAAGGAUGAGGGGGUGAAUGGGCAAGGGAUGGCAGCAACGGGAGGAGAGCGGGCAGAGGGAGGGGAGGGGGUGGUGAGGGAGGUGCGGCUUGGGAGGGGCGUGAGUGCAGAGACGUUCAGUCAGCUCCUGGAGUAUAUUUACACGGGACAGGUGUCGCUCUCCCAUUCGCUGUCCAAGGAUCUGCUGCAGCUGGCUAAGAAAUGCCAGUUGGAGGGGUUGGUUGCGCUCCUUCGCUGUGAUUGGCCGAUCUGGGGCAGGGAUGAUGCGUUGGGGUGUGAUCUGACGCCAGCACUUGGUCCUGCUGGGCUGCCUUGGAGCGACAUUGUGCUCUGCGUGCCGUGCGCCCGCCAUGCUCCCCUCUCCCCCGCGCACCAACCACCUGCAAGCCCCAGCAGCUGCGGGGAAGAGGCGCAGCAUGAGGCGUGCGGGGGGCCUGGCGGGGAGGGCAGUGGGGAGUGGGGGGGCGGGCAGGGGGGUGUGUGGCGGUGUGUGCGGGUGGCGGCGCACCGCUGUGUGCUGGGGGCGCGCAGCCAGUACCUGCACGCGCUGCUGCACUGCGGCAUGCGCGAGAGCUCGCAGCACGAGGUGCAUCUGCCACCGCUGCCUUUACCAGCGCUCAUCGCUCUCCUGCGCUUCCUCUACUCCGCCCGCGUCUCCUUCCUCCCCCUCCCCCUCCCUCCCCGUGCCGCCCUCGCACCCACCAACCUCAACCACCCGUCUGCCCCCGCUGCUGCUGCUGCGAGCCCAAGCCGGCAUCACAGCGCCCCUGCACCGCUCUCCUCUGUGCGCCUGCCCCCGCUCACACUCACUACGCGCUUGCUCUCUGCAGUGCAACUUGCAUCGUUGGCUCACCAAUGGAUGCUGCCCGCCUUGCAUCACAGCGCCCUGUGCUACGUGGCAGCACGCCUGCGUGCCACCUGGCAUGUCCCAGUCAGCGGCGGGCCGUGUGAGAGUGCUGUUGACUGCAGUGAUAGCAGCAGCAGGAGCAGCACGGGCAGCGCCGCCAACUCUGGCACGGAUCGGGCCCGGGAGGGCCCAGUGGCACCGUGGGCGGCAGCGGAGGCGGUGGUGCGGGCGGCAUGGGCGGCGGGGCAUUGGGAGAUGGUGGGGGAGGCGGUGAGCAGCCUGGCGCCAUGGUACCCCGCCAUGCGCCGCACUGCCUGCCUGCACCGCCUGCCACCACAGGUUCAGAGCGCUGUCAGGGAGGCGCACGUGCGCUUGCUCACUGCUCCCCCUUGA